AUGUUUGGCAACAUCGGGUUUAUGCUACCUACGUCGGGGUCGCAGAGAGCACCGCCCAAGGAUGUUCCUCCCCCCACACCCAUCAACUUGCCGCGAUGCUGCCCUGAGAUUCCGGAAAGCAAGGCCUCGGACCGCCAAGGGUCAACCUCGAGUGGCGUACCAGAACCGCUCACCUCGGUGCUACAGAAGAUAAUUCGGCCUGCCGAACUUUCUAUGUCACACUUCGAAGCUCUUGGAGUCCACGUGAUCCCGAAUGCCACGCCGGCCCAACUCCUUCCGGAUCCGGCUUAUAUCCCGGACUUUGCGGCCUGGGACGCCUUGUCUGCUGACGAAGUCCACACGGUUAACGAGAGCACUCGGAAACCACUGAACACGGGCAACUUGUCACCCGGGUGCCAAACCUACCUGGAGAGAAGGCGAGAGCUCUCCAUCGCGAACGAGGCUGCUUAUCGGACCGUCCGUCGCAUGCCGGCCCCCAAGGGCCAGCCACAAGCUCGUUUGGGGAAUGCGUACGAGUUUUACCGCCACUUGGAACUCUUCGCAUCAUACUGGGAAGACACAUCAAAGCCGCGGGCAGCCCCAGACGCUGAGGCUGACCAAAGCGGGGAUAGCAACGGUGAGAAUGCGGACGCCGCAACCGAUGGGGGUAAACCCGCGGAGGAGGGCGAAGCUGCGGCAUUCUCCCGCACAGGUGCCGGCCAUCAGAUGCCGCCGGAUUACCGGCAAACCAUGAUCACGGUCUUCCUCAAGUUGGUGGCGUAUGAUUUCACGUGUAACGUCACGGCGCCCCGUACUGAGCCACGGUUACAAAUCACAAAUAAACCGCCCAACGACCCACCCCGCAGCUCGUACUUCUCUUCAGGGUGCGUUUUCGUUUUCCGAACCCCAACCACUCGCGAAGCAGCCCGCGCCGGGAUCGUCGAGGGCCCAAUCGCAGCGGUAAGCGCUCGACACACCAUCACAUUCCCUCCGGCGGAAUCGGCGACUGGGAAAGACCGAGAAUCCGCCCUAGACCUUGCUAGGGAGGUUAUUGCAGCGCUUAUCACCGCGCAACACCGCGCUCGGGAAGGCCACACGGAAAAACGCAUUGGCGAAGAUGCCUGGUGGUGCACGAAACCACGCUGGGGCGGCGGCUCGGGCGGCCCUAUCGGCCGGGAGGUAGAAAUGCUCUCUGGAGCGGAUCAGACCGUCGGGGAUAAAGAUGCGCCAUUACCGGAUACCAAGCCCGCUUCUUUCGGCCCAACGGCAGCCCCGCAAGGACCCUAUUCGCGGCCCUCGGGCGCGAGCGGUCUCGCUAUCCAUGCUGCUGGGGGCGGUCUCAUGGCCAGUAGUAGCGGACCUUUCAAGGGUGUUAAGCGCCAAAAGAAGUCGGGCAAUCACCCCAUGUACGACAACUACCGGAUGGUUCGCCCGCCCGCGGCCACAUGGGACAGGCGGGCGAAAUAUGAAGCCAUUGGCCGGGCUCAUGGAGCGGACUACGACGAUGUCUUUGUGAUCAGUGCGGUGCUACAUCACGUCAGCAUCGUGCGGGUGCGCGUGCCCGACCGUCUGCUGGCCGUUUUGGCUGGGGAAAGCGAUGAGGGCGAGCGUGCUAGUGGCAACGGCGACGCACGGAGUUGGGGCAAGUUGGAGAUGUGGCGGAGCCCGUGGUUCGACUUCUUCCAAGUGGAUGAGCGGGUGCAGGCGAUGCAGCUGAUCUGGUGCAUGAUGGCCUGGACGAUGCGAGAGCAGCCGCCGCCGAACGAGGUGAAGCAGGAGGAUGCCCGGAAUGGAGGACGAGGAGGAGCUAGCACCGGUGACCAGCAGAGCCAAGACGACGUGAAGAUGUCGGGGGCGUAG